AACCACGAGAGAGAGGAGACCCCAAUUCUCUAAACCCUGACAGCCACUUGCAAGCAGUGUCAGAGAAACAGUGAUUCCCAGACAAUUUUUCGAGGGAUAAGCGUUAUCUCGAAUUUCUUCCAUUGAAUUUACUAAUAUUUCAUUAUUUUGUUUGCUAGAUAUCUUCUUUCACAUCACUUUUCCAUUUGUUGUCUUUUUCACUUCUUUCAUUUUCUUCUCUCCUGUGACCCUCCUCCUUUUUCUCCUACCCAUCAUCUUCUUCCCAAGAGUCUAGGAACCCAACCUCCUGGUCUACAAAGCUCCAUCUGGGUCUCCCAUGGCAGGUUGGGUUCUAUCAGAAUGUGGCUUUAAGCCUCUUCCUCUAAAAUGUCCUAAACCCAGGGUCGGUGCGGCUCCGUACAAUUCUCCAUCGAGGCUUAGAUUUCUUAACGCAGACAAAUCCAAGGGUAAAAUAGAUCUGCCGAAGUUUUCCCCGUCAGGUUUUUCUGGUACGAGAAGUUGGGAGCUUAGGGUAAGCGCUCCUUUGAGGGUUUCCCCUGUGGAAGAAGAAGAGGUGAUAGUCAAUGAGGUUAAUGUGUUCGAUCCUGGCGCUCCACCACCGUUCAAGUUAUCUGAUAUCAGAGAAGCCAUUCCUAAGCAUUGCUGGGUGAAGGAUCCUUGGAGGUCAAUGAGCUACGUGGUAAGGGAUGUUGUUGUCGUUUUUGGAUUGGCGGCGGCGGCGGCUUAUUUGAAUAACUGGCUCGUUUGGCCCUUGUAUUGGGCUGCUCAGGGAACUAUGUUCUGGGCUCUGUUUGUUCUUGGUCAUGACUGUGGUCAUGGAAGCUUUUCAAAUAACCAUAAGCUGAAUAGUGUGGUUGGGCAUCUUUUGCAUUCUUCCAUUCUAGUGCCUUAUCAUGGAUGGAGAAUCAGUCAUAGGACUCAUCAUCAAAACCAUGGCCAUGUAGAAAAUGAUGAAUCUUGGCACCCGUUGCCUGAGAAGAUUUACAAGAACUUGGACAUCAUCACGCGGGUUUUGAGAUUUACAGCGCCAUUUCCAAUGCUUGCGUACCCUAUCUACCUUUGGAGUAGGAGCCCUGGGAAAAGUGGUUCUCACUUCCACCCAGCCAGCGACUUGUUCGUCCCAAGUGAAGGAAAAGAUGUUAUUACUUCUACAGUUUGUUGGACAGCAAUGGCUGCUUUGCUUGUAGCAUUAGGCUUUGUUAUGGGUCCAAUUCAAUUGCUUAAGCUUUAUGUCGUUCCAUACUGGGUCUUCGUCUUGUGGUUGGAUUUUGUAACUUACUUGCAUCACCAUGGCCAUGAAGACAAAUUGCCCUGGUACCGAGGAAAGGAAUGGAGUUACCUGAGAGGUGGACUCACAACACUGGAUCGUGACUAUGGAUGGAUUAACAAUGUCCACCAUGACAUUGGAACUCAUGUCAUUCACCAUCUCUUUCCUCAAAUCCCUCAUUAUCACUUAAUUGAAGCAACUGAGGCAACUAAGCCAGUGCUCGGAAAAUACUACAGAGAGCCAAAGAAAUCCGGUCCUUUACCCUUUCACCUUAUUGGAGAGUUGAUAAGAAGCUUGAAGAAGGACCAUUAUGUUCCUGACCAUGGCGACGUGGUGUACUACCAAAUUGACCCUAAGCUCAGUGGGUCUUCUAAAUCAAAUUAAAACCGCGGACGACCUACCUCAUUGAUUCAACUCAGGCCUCGUAUCUUACUGUUAUGAGCUAUGAAACAGUGUUUCACUGAAGAUUUUCUUGGGCUGUGCUGUGCUUGAGCCUGUGCUCUCAUGGAGUUUCUGCAGCGCUUGAUUUUGGAGUUCAGAAAUAGUUCGUGAGGUGAAUUGAGGUGGCUCUCCGAUUUGAUUGUGAAUGCUGACAUUGAAGAUGUUAACGCUUGGAAGAUGGAAGUCACACAUUGAUUAUUUACCCAGAAAAAUAUGGUGUAAUUCAUCAAAUCUUUUGGAUGAAUCUCUCAAUAUUUUUUUUUUUCAGCUGGAGAUAAACUGUUAUUUCUGUCCAUUUACUUUUUAGUAAUUUUUUUAUCACAUUAGAACUCAAGUGUACGAUAAUGGUAUAUCACUUUUGCAGUACCCUCGGAUGGGCCGAGUCAAAUUUGCGAUCAAA